AUGAGCAGGAGGCGGGGAGACUGCGGAUCACAUAUUCUUUCUACCACCAUUCUCUCCGGCGCCAAAGCCGAGCUCUCAGAGAGACAUCCCCAGACCCGCCGCUCAGCCCGCGGCCACUCAUGGCUCUAUGUAACGGAGACUCCAAGUUCACUGCCAGUCUUCCUACCAACUGAGAGGUGGUCCUUUUCUAAAUAACCCUAGACUGUCAUGGCCAAGGUUGCCAAGUCUGGAACUGACGUAAAGGAUGGCCAGCAUCGCUACGAGGGCUCCGUGGUGAUUCUCGAUGCUGGCGCUCAGUAUGGGAAGGUUAUCGACCGCCGGGUGCGAGAGUUCUUUGUGCAGUCUGAAAUCUAUCCACUGGAGACACCAGCGUUUGCUAUCCGGGAGCAAGGCUUCAGAGCAAUCAUCAUAUCAGGAGGACCAAACUCUGUGUAUGCUGAAGAUGCUCCAUGGUUUGACUCUGCUAUUUUUACCAUUGGCAAACCAGUGCUUGGGAUCUGUUAUGGCAUGCAGAUGAUGAAUAAAGUAUUUGGAGGAACCGUCCAUAAGAAGAACGUCAGGGAGGAUGGAGUUUUCAGCAUCAGUAUCGACAAUACCUGUUCUCUCUUCAGGGGGCUGCAGAAGGAGGAGGUUGUAUUGCUGACACAUGGAGACAGCGUGGACAAGGUAGCUGAUGGAUUUAAGGUUGUUGCGCAAUCUGGAAACAUAGUGGCAGCAAUAGCAAACGAAUCCAAAAAGCUCUAUGGGGUACAGUUCCAUCCAGAAGUUGGCCUAACUGUGAAUGGCAAAGGCAUGUUGAAGAACUUCUUGUAUGACGUUGCUGGGUGUAGCGGCACUUUCACAGUUCAGAAUAGAGAGGUUGAAUGUAUACGGGAAAUUAAGGAGAAAGUCGGUUCUUCGAAGGUCUUGGUCCUGUUGAGCGGGGGAGUGGAUUCUACCGUCUGCACAGCUCUGCUGAACAAAGCCUUAAACCAAGAGCAAGUUAUUGCAGUUCAUAUAGACAAUGGAUUUAUGCGGAAAAGAGAGAGCCAGUCUGUGGAGGAGGCACUGAAAAAGCUGGGAAUCCAAGUGAAAGUUGUGAACGCAGCACAUUCAUUUUACAAUGGUACAACAACGUUACCAAUAUCCGACGAGGACAGAACACCACGUAAAAGAAUCAGCAAGACCCUUAACAUGACGACAAAUCCAGAGGAGAAGAGGAAAAUUAUUGGCGACACUUUUGUAAAGAUUGCCAAUGAAGUUAUUGGUGAAAUGAACCUGAACCCUGAAGAAGUUUUCCUUGCACAAGGCACAUUACGACCGGAUCUCAUUGAAAGCGCAUCUCUUAUUGCUAGUGUUAAAGCUGAAGUUAUUAAAACCCAUCACAAUGAUACAGAACUCAUCAGGAAGCUGAGGGAAGAGGGAAAAGUUAUAGAGCCAUUAAAAGAUUUUCACAAGGAUGAAGUUCGUAUAUUAGGAAGAGAACUUGAACUUCCUGAAGAGCUUGUGAGCAGACAUCCCUUCCCAGGUCCUGGAUUAGCAAUUCGUGUUAUAUGUGCCGAAGAGCCUUAUGUCUGCAAAGAUUUUGCCGAAACAAACAACAUAUUAAAAAUAAUUGCAGAUUAUUCAGCAAGUGUUAAAAAGCCUCACACCCUCCUUCAGCGAGUCAAAGCGUGCACAACAGACGAGGAACAGGAGAAGCUGAUGCACAUCACUAGUCUACAUUCACUGAAUGCCUUCUUGUUACCUAUUAAAACUGUUGGAGUGCAGGGUGACUGUCGCUCUUACAGCUACGUCUGUGGUGUCUCCAGUAAAGACGCCCCACACUGGGAGUCUCUAAUGUACUUGGCCAGAAUAAUUCCCCGAAUGUGUCACAACAUUAACAGAGUUGUGUAUGUGUUCGGACCACCGGUGAAAGAACCCCCCACUGAUGUUACUCCAACCUUUUUAACAACAGGAGUUCUUAGCACAUUGCGACAAGCCGACUUUGAGGCACAUAAUAUUUUGAGAGAGUCUGGUUAUUCCAGCAAGAUAAGCCAGAUGCCUGUAAUAUUGACACCAAUACAUUUCGAUCGAGAUCCUUUACAAAAACAGCCAUCGUGUCAGAGGUCGGUGGUUAUCCGCACUUUUAUCACCAGCGAUUUUAUGACUGGCAUUGCUGCUACUCCAGGCAAUGAGAUUCCAGAAGAGGUCGUUUUAAAAAUGGUGACUGAAAUUAAGAAGAUCCCAGGAAUUUCUCGAGUAAUGUACGAUUUGACUUCAAAGCCACCGGGAACUACUGAAUGGGAGUAAACGAAUAUGUUUUAAUCUGGUGUAUAAAGUACUGUGUGCAGCUUGAAAUUCAGAAACCAUUCCCAGUGUUGACAUGCAGUACUGUUGUUCAGUUGACUGGAGCUGCUACUGUACAUGACAUCUGAUUCCGUUCUCAGAGCCUGCACCUGAACUGAAGUCUUGUUGCAUUAACGGUGCAGAGGACUUGUACGGGUAACUAUAAUGGCAGCAAUUGCCUGAGUGCAAACAACUCAUCCUGCUUUGCCUUUUGUCUUACGGAAUCCGCCUGUUCUUUUUUUUUUCCAUGUGUUUCUGUUGUUGACCUGUUUUUUUGUUUUUCUUUUUUUAUUUUAUUUUCUUUUCUUUUGUAAAAUGUACAAAAAGGCAGUUCAUUUAUAUACAUUUAUCAAUACCAUUGUAAUAGCCCAAUAAUGUAAACUGAUGUGACCAACUGCUUUUGAACAGAUUUAUUAUAAAUAAAUAUUUUGCCAAAUUGA